GCCUCUGCGCGCAACGACAAAACACUUCGUCUGCAUCAACACAACAUUACGUCCAACGAAACGGCUGUCCCUGCACACAAUUUGCCAUCAUGGCUAUGCCUAUAACGACCAUAUCGGAGAGCAAAGAGCUCCGGGGGCUCAACCUCAUCGCGGCGCAUUCUCACAUUCGCGGCCUCGGAGUGGAGCCAGAUACUCUCGAACCCAAGGUCUCAUCGCAGGGCCUCGUCGGACAAGAAAAGGCGCGAAAAGCUGCUGCGGUCAUACUGCAGAUGGCGAAAGAAGGAAAGAUUGCAGGCCGCGCAGUUUUGAUUGCUGGUCCCCCGAGCACUGGAAAAACAGCCAUCGCGAUGGGAAUGGCACAAUCUCUAGGCGCGGAUGUUCCUUUCACCAUGCUUGCAUCGUCAGAGAUAUUCUCCCUUGAGAUGUCCAAGACCGAGGCCUUGACGCAAGCAUUCCGCAAAUCCAUCGGCGUGCGAAUUACCGAGGAGAGCGAGGUCAUUGAAGGAGAGGUUGUCGAAAUUCAGAUCGACCGUAGUGUUACAGGAGGCAACAAACAAGGAAAGCUCACAAUCAAAACAACCGACAUGGAAACCAUCUACGACAUGGGAACGAAGAUGAUAGACUCUAUGACGAAGGAGAAAGUCAUGGCGGGUGAUAUUAUAUCGAUUGAUAAGGCGUCGGGAAAGAUCACAAAACUUGGUCGAUCUUACACACGAUCAAGAGACUACGAUGCCAUGGGCAUCGACACCAAGUUCGUGCAGUGUCCAGAGGGCGAGCUGCAGCAACGUCGCGAAGUGGUGCACACGGUCAGCCUGCAUGAGAUUGAUGUGAUCAACUCUCGAACGCAAGGCUUCUUAGCCCUCUUCUCCGGCGAUACAGGAGAGAUUCGUAGCGAGGUGCGAGAUCAGAUCAACACCAAGGUUGCCGAAUGGAAAGAGGAGGGUAAAGCAGAAAUUGUACCAGGAGUUCUUUUCAUCGACGAAGUGCACAUGCUCGAUAUCGAGUGCUUUUCAUUCAUCAACCGGGCACUGGAGACUGAGUUGGCCCCUAUUGUCAUCAUGGCCAGCAAUCGUGGAAAUACGCAGAUCAGGGGAACCGACUAUCGCUCGCCCCAUGGCCUUCCCCUCGACUUCCUUGACCGCGUUGUGAUAGUGAGCACGCAUCCCUAUUCCCAGGAAGAGAUGCAGCAGAUCAUCUCGAUAAGAGCACAAGAGGAGGAGGUCGACAUUUCACCCGAUGCUUUGGCACUUCUUACAAAGAUCGGCCAAGAAACCGGUCUGAGAUAUGCUAGUAAUCUAAUUACUACCUCUGACUUGAUUCGAGGAAAGAGAGACGCGUCGGAAGUCAGUGUCGACGACGUGCAACGUAGCUUUGCGCUCUUCUACGAUCCCACGCGCAGUGUGAAGUUCGUUACCGAAUCCGAAAAGCGCCUCAUUGGCGAUGGAGGAGACGUGUCUCUUUCUUUCACAAACGGAACAGAUGCUAUGGAUGUGUCGUGAAUUUGACAUAGAGUAAUUAGCAUGGCGUUCGCGGGUGUGUAUGCGUCAAGUUCAGGCUUGGUCGGGGCGCUUCAUUUAGAGAGCAUCAAUCAGAGUCUAUGCAAAAGUGUAAUAUUACAAGUAUUUUCAAGAAUUAACAUAAUUUCUUCGAGAUAUCACACCAGGUGGAAG